AUGUCUCCGGCGAUGCAAAUGACAGGGCAGCACGCCCCAUACACACCUAGGUCAGACGCCAUGGAUCGUCACGAUUAUGGCAUUACCAAGAAUAGGAAGACGGCCUCCACAGGUGGUGGACGAGCGUGGAGUGAAGAUGAGGAAGCUUAUCUUCUCCAAACACGAAUGCAAAAGAUGCCGUAUAAGCACAUCGCCGCCUACCUGAAGAAGACCGAACUCGCAUGUCGCCUUCAUUACCACCAACUCAGCCACGGCAGCAACCGGCGCAAGCGGACCACUUCCAUGUCAUCGGGUUCUUCGAACAGCCACUCUCCAAUCCUGCAUGCCUCGAUACCCUCGCCGAUCCACGAGCACGGCGGCGCGCCUAGCCGGUCUGUUUCCCCUCCCGAUUCGGCCUAUAGCGCGAUAAGUCCAGGCGGCAUCCAGCUCCCCAGCAUCAUGUCAGCAACCGCUUCCACCAGCACCUCACCACGCCUCCCCACCAUCCUACCCAAACCUGCUUCCAUGAAUCUUGCCAUGUCGUCCAUGAACGGCUCCAACUCCACGGGCACCUCCCCGACCGCAUCGCGCGGCUAUCCCACCCCCCUCCACGACACUCACCCGCCCAACAUGGCACCCAUGAACUCAACUGGGUACCGCGGCGGCGCGCCCAACCCCCCCGCGCGCGGCACCACCGCCGGCCCCCUCCGCCUCGACUGCUCCGCGCUACCCCCUCCUCCCUCAACCAACGGCCUCCCCGCCCCGCCCGGCUUCGCCGCAAGCCACCCCGUGGACAUGGCCCGCCUCACCGCCGUCUACAACGCCCACCGCGCAUCCUUCUGGGCCGCCGUCGCCGCCGACUACGGCCCCGGCGCCAACCCCCUCGUCCUCGAACAGGCCUGGCGCGGCACCUCCUCCGCCACUGCCCCCGGGUGCCCCCCAUCCGGCAGCGCCAGCGCCGCCGCGAGCAUGGGCAUCGCCGCGCAGACGCCGAUUACCCCGGUGGGUAGUCCGGAUGAUCAGAUCUACUCGGCCGGUGUGGUGCAUCAUCACCAUGCCGCUGCGCAUGGGCAUGGGCAGCAGCAGCAGCAGCAUAUGCAUCAUGGACAUGGUGGUAUGGGUAAGCCGGAUAAGACAAGGAUCAGUGCCAUUUUGGGGAUUGAUGCGAAUCCGAGGAGUCCGAGUGAGAGGGAGAUGGUGAGGAGGAUUGAGGAGGAGAGGGGGGCGGUGGGGGUGGGGAUGGCUUGA